UGGUCUGUCAGUUUGUGGUCGUCUCUCUCAGGUGUCCAAAGCAGAUCCAAUAUGGCAGUACAACUCGGAGCGGCAGCUGCAGUUCUGGGGGCAGCCGUCGCCCUUGGUAAAGUUAUUGCUGAUGCCAUUCCCACGUAUCGCCAGUGCGUCAUCUGGAUUGAAAAUCAGUGCAAAGACCGCACCCUCCGUAAUCCCAGAAACUAUGAAGACUGUGGACAUUGUAGCGAGCCUCUGACGCCUGAGAUCGGCCCUUCUGACAUCGGCGGCGGCGUGUUCGUCAAGAACAGCUGGGCCACAUCUGGGUCUGUGGGCGUCAUCAUGUACGACAUUAAGAAGGAGGGUUCAGGGGAAACCAAGAGGCUUGCCCUCAUGUACUCUGUGCCUUACAGCUACGUUACCUCUUCCAACUGGUUCGCAGUGGGAAUCUUUGACCGAUUCACACCGUGUAAUCAACACCUGUUUAACAAGAUGUAUUACAAUUCUGGCCCAUUUACCAGAGGCAAAGCCAGCAAUGGGCAAAUUACUUACAAAAGCGAUGGUAUAACUCUGAAAGCCACCAUGUCCGAUGAGUACACGCCUACUAUCAAGCUGCAGAUUUUCGACUAAGUCCAGUUUGGUCAUUUUUGGGUGAUUUUUAGGUGGUUUUUGGUGAUUUUUAGGUGGGGUUUUUUGUUACUUUUUGUGUGAUUUUUGGGUGGUUUAGGUGUAACGAUGAUAGCAACCAUGUCCGAUGAGUACACGCCUGUUCCUAAAGUGUAAAUAUUCGACUGAGUCCACUUUGAGUGAGUGCCAAUGGGAGGGAGAGUCUGGAAUAUUCUGGCAAAUUGUAAAAGCAAAGAAAUACACACACAAAUAUCCAAUCAAAAAGACUCUGCACUUUUUGUGUAGAUAAUCAGAUAGGUCAUCUUAUAACACAGUAGUGCAUUAUAUUAUGAUAGAGAUAAAGUUUGAACAAUUCAGUGGAGACCAUGUUUAACCUCCUCAGACCCAGGAAA